CUGGCUGCAACAUCAACAAGUCGUGCCAUCCAGCAGCGCGGAAAUUGGAGAGGCCUCAGAAUCCCCGAGAGGGCCUGCUGAAAAGUCUGGCACGAUGCCAAGCCCGGCGUUGGCCGAAAGUGGGCUGCCGUUCUCUAGUUUGGCAUCCGUAGGCCAAGACACGCCAUGUAACGCCGAAACUUACACACGCCAACCCCUUUCCGGACAAGAGACUCCCGAUCCGUGGCCAAAUGUUGGUGUUGAAGAAAGUAGUCCCAGCUCAGCCGACCGAAGCGAGCCGCUGAUCACAGAAACGGCACUUCAUCGCAGCAAUUGUUCAUCUUCACCCGACGAAAUGCACCUGGAUGCUGAGACGACAGCAUCAGAUGCUCCUCCUGUACACUUAUCUCGAGUCCGUCGCCGAGCUCGCAAAUCACGACUACCAACGGGCGCUUAUGCUGAAGUCGAUUCGGACCCGGAAUCUAGCGAUGAGGAUGGCGCUCAUGGAACCAACGAGGACUGCUUCGGAGAUCAAGCCAACCCUGACAGAAUCCGGCGACGGUCCCAGGGCUGUGAGGACAAUUCUGACCAACGCGGUCAGCCAAAACCCAAACGUCGUAAAAUAAACUCCCAGGAGACUGUUGGCACCAGCAGGGCUCUGAGAUCACGGGACACAUCAUCGCAUUUAGCAUUGAAACCAAGACGAAGGUCAGAGCGGGCUACUAAACGAUCAGGCAUCAGUAGAGUUCUGACCUCGCCAGUCUCUCCUGCUUCUACCGAUAACGAAAUAGAUCCCAGAUCCUUCUUUGGGCAAUACGAUGAGUGGCCUCUCAAGAAUCCAGUCCUGAAGCGCACCACAGAUGGAUUUGUAACGACAUUUCAACUGCAAUGGGAGCAGCCGUCCACAGAAGGACAACAAACGCAUUGCUAUCCCUCAGUUGGUCGGCCUUCAGGUUCUUCGAUGCAGAGACGAAAGCCUGCGAGGCGAUCUGCCAAGUCCAGACGACCGUUUUCAGAACAAGAGAAUAGACUUUUGAUUCAACUGAAAGGACAGGGUCUUUCAUGGAGGGAGAUCCACAACGAUUUCUCGAGCUACUUCCCGGGCCGGUCUCUCGCGACGCUGCAAGUCCACUUCUCUCAGAAGCUGAAUAGGACGAGAGAAAAGGGCUUGGUUAGGUGCGAUACAUGCAUGUAAAUAGUUCGAUGGAUUGAGAGAACGGUAAUGGACUUGGACAUGUAAGAAGAAAUAUAUUGUAGGCCUUGAAAUGGUGUGUCAGCUGGCGUUACACUUCUCGAUUAUCACCCUCAAAAGUUUGCGGUGUCAGGGAAACCAGGUGGUCCUUUGGUUCGCCUUGUGAAAACUGCAGCCUUAUAUCCUCAA